CCAAGCACGCGGUGUGUAUCCGGGGUUAGGGCACGCACGUGCUUCGUCUUGUUGCAGAAAGAAGCUGGCGGCGCGUGCACUGCAGAGAGUGAGCUCGAGCUGCUGCAGAGUUGUGAUUGGCGUGUCUGCUGGAAGCUUGCUGCACUCUGCUGCUCUGAUCCGUUGGAGACCCACCUGCACUGACUGCUUCUCUUUGGCGGCUCGUGCCGUGAUUUCCUUCACAAAGCCCCCUCUGCUGCUCCAGGCGAUGGAAGGGAUGGAGCCUGAAGGCACCCUGGCCAGGGUAGCGGAGAAGCGCCCCUGUCCAGAGGAGGGGAACCCCUGCCCAGGGAGCGCCAAAAAACCCAAACUGCAGGAGUCUAAGAAUGGGGGGAGUGAGAAGAGAAAGGAGGAAGAGGAGGAGGAGGAGGAGAUGCCUGUGGAGGAGGAGAGCGAGGGAGAGGAGCUGGCAGGGCAAGGACAGGGAGGAGAAAGCUUUGCAGACAUGAUGAAGCACGGACUCGCAGAGAAGGAUGUUGGGAUACUGAAGUUCGUCAGCAAACACGAGGGCUUCUCCGGGAUCCUGAAGGAGAGGUACUCAGACUUUGUGGUCCAUGAGAUCAGUAAAGAUGGCACAAUUUUGCAUCUGGACGACCUGUCUGUGCCUGUGGAUUCAGAGGACCCUCCUCUGGAUGUGUCGGAGGUGCUGACUGAGGAGCAGAAAAAGCAGCUGGAGGAUCUGCAGCAGUUCAAGAACAAGGAGGGCACUGUGUCCCUGGAGGUCCUGGAGGACACUAAAGAGAAGCGCACUCUGCUGCACCAGGCAGUGAAGUCUCUGUUCCCCGGGCUGGAGACGAAGACCGAGGAGCGGGAGGGACGCAGGUUCAUUGUGGCCUACCACGCUGCCGGGAAGAAAGCACUGGCAGAGCUCCGAACUGCACCAGCCCCCAGGAAGCACUCGUGGCCCAAGAGCAGAGGGAAUUUCUGCCACUGCACCCUCUACAAGGAGAACAAGGACACCAUGGAGGCCAUCAACGUGCUCUCCAAGUUCCUCAGAAUAAAGCCGAACCUCAUUUCCUACAUGGGAACCAAAGACAAAAGGGCGAUCACCGUCCAGAGGAUUGCUGUGCAAAAGAUCACUGCUCAGAGACUUUCUCACCUCAACACGUGCCUGAUGAACUUCAAGCUAGGGAACUUCUCGUACCAGAAACACCCCUUGAAACUGGGGGAGCUGCAGGGAAACCACUUCACUGUGGUGAUCAGGAAUAUCUCCGGGUCGAAUGAGCAGGUGGAGCAGGCUAUGAUCUCACUGCGGGAGACGGGAUUCAUCAACUACUACGGCAUGCAGCGUUUCGGGACCACUGCGGUGCCCACCUACCAGGUCGGGAGGGCCAUUCUGCAGGGCAAUUGGAAGGAGGUGAUCGAUUUAAUCCUGAAGCCCCGUCCUGGAGCUGAGAAGGGGUACCUGGUGCAGUGCCGUGAGGAGUGGGCUCGCUCGCAGGACCCCGAGGCUGCGCUCAGGAAGCUGCCGGUGAAGCGCUGCGUGGAGGGGCAGCUGCUGCGCGGACUCUCCAGCUACGGGAAGAACAACAUCAUCGCUGCGUUCGGCAUCAUCCCCAGGAACAACCGCCUGAUGUACAUCCACAGCUACCAGAGCUACAUGUGGAACAACCUGGUGAGCCGGCGCAUUGAGGAGUUUGGGCUGAAGGCAGUGCCGGGGGACCUGGUGCUGAGGGGAGCGACGGCGGAGCCCCUGUCCGAGUCCGAGGUUGCUGAUUACUCCAUCCACGACGUGGUGAUGCCUCUGCCUGGCUUCGAUGUCAUUUACCCCACACACACGAUUGGGGACGGCUACAAAGAGAUGAUGGAGGCAGACGGCCUGGACAUCAACAACAUGAGGCACAAGAUCCGUGACUACUCCCUCUCCGGAGCGUACCGCAAAAUCAUCACCCGCCCGCAGGAAGUCAGCUGGGAGGUGAUCUCAUACGAUGAUCUCAAGAUCCCGCUGGUCCACACUGAUGUUGAGAAGCUGGAAGGGAAGCUGCCUCCUGUGUAUCCUAAAGAAGGGCAGUACCGCGCGCUGCGGAUGGAGUUCUCCCUGCCCCCCUCCUGCUACGCCACCAUGGCGAUCCGCGAGGUGCUGAAGAUGGACACGAGCAUCAAGAACCAGACGCAGCUCAACACUGUGUGGCUGCGCUGAGGCUGGCUGCGGGCAGGGCGCCGGACACUGUGCGUGUGUGUGUGUGCGUGCGUGCGUGCGUGCGUGCGCAGGGGUGGAAAUGACACCUACUGCAGAGCAGUCUGAUCCAUUCCUGGUUUUACUAUGAGUUCAGUAAGACACACCUGAGCUUGUAAUAAAACUUGGCAUGGGUGAAACUCCUGUGCAAUAGGAGAGAGAGAGAGAGAGAAUUUGCAGGCAGGGUAACUGCACAAUACUGUUGCACUGUGUGUGUGUGUGAGUGUAUUAGACUAGUUUUGUGAGCAUGGUAAAAUGACUGACACUCUUCUGUAGUGUGGGGUGGGGAGACUGGUUGUGUGUGUGUGUUUGUUUUGUUUUUUGCUCACAUGGCCGUGUGUGUGUGUGUGUGUGUGUGUGUGUGUGUGUGUGGUGGUGGUGUGGAUGCUGCAGUGAGCACAGGGCCUGCCACAGAAGAGCAAGAGAAGAAAGCAGACUUUCUCAUGCUCUGUGAAGAACAGUCCCUGUAGCUGCUUCAGAACCACAGUGUAAUGUAAUGUAAUGUAUGAUGGCUCAUUUUGUAAUGCAAGAGAUUUUUAACAAGAGAAAAAUAAUGAGAACAUACCUGUUUGAAUUUAAUUUUUAAUGAAGAGGUGUGUGGGUGUGUUCUAGAUGCUGAAGGGUUCUGUAUCUUGUGAUUUUGCUGCCUUGGCGCGAGUAUUCAGUGGAAGAAAGGGGCGGAUCAGAUCAUUACAGGCUCCUUGUCCACUGAGGGGCAUUUGGGUUGCAUUUAAUCUGUGUUCAGUCUCAAGGCUACCUGUCGGGCGGCUUCACUGCUCUCGCAGAAUCCAAACAACUUAUGGAAAUUGAUAAAAACCAUUAAAUACCAUGCAGGAGUUUCAUCAGAUUUGGGUGAGUGGUUCCCAAAGUUUCUUUAAACAGGAAUGAAUGUCGUAGGGUAGGGUGGCCUGCUUUCAAAGCAAGGAGAGCCAAUGAAAGCUCUUGUAACAACAGGCUCUUCAAACGCGUGAGUCCAGAGCUGUUGUGAUGCCCUCCUGAACUUGUUCUUGGGAAUCCACUUGAGCGGUUUCACUCGCGUGACAUGAGCACUUGUCUCUGAAGAUUAGUGUAAGAAUGUAACGGCUGCAGCCCGUUUCCAGGAUACAGAAACACCAGCACAAAGUAAACCUUGUUCUCUUUUCGAGGGUUUUUUUAAACUGUACUUGUUUCAUUUCAGCUUGAUUUAUUGUAACUGCUCAUCUCUUGGCACAAUAAUUAAACUUCAGUUUGAAAGUGCAGUUACUGCUUUGUGUUCAA